AUGAGUAGCGACAAAGUUUUAUUUCGACAUGAUGAACCUCAUGGACCGGGAGAAGUGAAUUUUCUUUGGCAAAGUGGAUCUAAUACAAGUUAUCUCGCCAGCACUGGUAGUGAUGGAACUGUUGCAAUAUUUAACCGGCAAGGGCAAUUACAAGAGAGAAUUAUUCUUCAAGGUCUUUGCGCGGGUUUUUCAUGGGAUGUUGAUGGUGAUAUUCUUGCAAUUAUAACUCAUAAUACUUCUCAUGUAACAAUUUGGGAUGCAAAUCAAAGAAAGAAGCAACUCAUUGACACUGGUUUGAGAGAUCCACCAAGUUGCUUGUUAUGGUCGAAGAAAUUUCAAAUUCUUGCCAUAGCAACAACGAGAGGAAAUCUUGCACUUUAUAAUCAUAAAACAUCUAAAAGAAUUCCAAUAUUAGGAAAGCAUACAAAGAAAAUUGUCAGUGGUGCUUGGUCAGCAGAAAAUAUUUUAGCACUCGGUAGUGACGACAAGACAAUGUCAAUAAGUAAUGAUGAUGGAGAUACAUUAAGAACAGUUCCAUUGAGAGAUGUUCCAAGUGACAUGCAUUUCGCUGAAAUGAAAACAGAUGAACGUGUGCCUGGUGAAAACACAAUCAGCAUGAUUAUAGGCAAGCGAACAUUAUUCUUGUAUCAUCUACCAGAACCAGACUCACCAACGGAACUUGGCUUUCAAAGUCGUUAUGGAACUUUACUUCAACACAAGUGGUUUGGUGACGGAUACAUUUUACUCGGCUUUUCACUUGGUUACAUCGUUUCAAUCUCAACACAUCCACGAGAAGUUGGUCAAGAACUUUGGCAAGUUAAAAAUCAUCGGGAUUCACUUUCUUGCAUUGCGAUAUCAAAAGAAUUGGAACUUGUUGCUAGUUGUGGUGAUAACAACGUAAAAAUUCAUUCAAUGUCGAAUCUACAAGAGACGAUUAACAUUUUUGCUUUACCUGAUCAAGCGAGUUUGAAGCAAGCUGAAUGGAGUUUUGACGGUCAAUUGCUUGCUGUGUCAAGUAAUCAAGGUGCCAUUUCUGUGUUUGUGACAAAGCUUCAGUCGAUUUAUGCUAUUUCACCACCAAGAAUUGCUUUAUUGUCAAGUUUAGCAGAAGUCUCGAUCUUUCAUUACACUCCUGAGAAGAUCAAAACAUUACCAACUUUGGUAUCGUUAGAUAUUGAACCGACAUUCCUUGCAAUUGGAUCAUACCAUUUGGCUUGUGGUAUGAAUAAUCGAAUCUGGUUCUAUGAUCUUGGAAGGUCAAUCAGCGACAAUCCAAUUCUACUAGGAGAUCGCGAAUAUAUCGCGGAAGUUAAACAAAUUGAACUCAACACAGAUUAUUGUGCAGUUUUAUGUGGAAAACAAAUAAUGUUACAUCCGAUUGAAUCUUCUUUCAACGAUAAAUCUUCUAAUUUGGUAUCGUCACAAGAUCGUGAUCCAAAAAUGUUUCCUGAUGAACUUCAAGGCUUGCACGAUACAAUUAUCACAUGUUUGGAUAUGACGAACGAUUUUCUAUGUUUUGGAACAGACGUUGGUCAUAUUGUUCAUUUCUCAUUUGAACAUUGGUGUUCUGUAAUUCAAUAUCGACACAAUGUCGGCAUUAAAAGUAUUUUCACAGAUCUCGAAGGAACACGCGUUGCUUUCAUCGACGAUCAUAAUCAUGGAUUUGUUUACAUGCCUUGUAUUGAAGAGACAAUUCCAAUCCCAAAAAUCCCAAAGCAAGUCUCAGGAAUACUUUGGGAUUAUUCACAUCCUUCUGUGUUUGUGGUUUUUGAUGGAAAGUCUUGCAUUACUUAUAUCUUCAUAAGACAUUCGAUAAAUGGAAAAUUUGUUCGAAAGAUUGGAGAGACAACUUUACUGAGUGAACAAAUUCCUUUGAUGUUGUAUGAUGGUGAACUGUGCCUUUACAGUGCUGGAGGAAAACUUACUUCGAUCUCAUUGGAAACUCAUAAAUUUUCUGCUUCAAUGGAGCUGUCAGAACAAUUAACUCAAUUAAUAAAACUACAGAAAUAUCAAGAAUCGUGGGAUUUAUGUAAAGCUAUCAACGAAAGUAAAUCAUGGAAGGAACUUGGUGAAGCUUGCAUUAAUGAUUUGGAAAUUAUUUUUGCAAUUCGAGUUUAUCGAAAGAUUGGCGAUGCAGCGAUGGUGCAAUCAUUGGAAGAAAUUAAAUACUUUGAAGAUAUAAAUUUACUUGCAGGACAUUGCGCAAUUUUAUUGAAUCGUCAAGAUGAAGCGAAACAAUUGUUUGCAAGAAGUAAUCAACCAUUGGAAGCUCUCGACUUGUGUCGAGAUCUCCUUCAAUGGGAACAAGCAAUGGCGUUGUCAAGUAAUCUUUCUCAAAAUCAAAUGCCAUUAAUUGCACGAGAAUAUGCACAACAAUUGGAACUUAAUGGAAAUUAUGUUGAAGCACUCAUGAAUUAUGAAAAAGCUCUUGGAGAGUAUCGAGAUCAAAUUGAUGUUGAUGGUGAUGAUUUCUUAUCAGACCAUUUACGAUUGUGUAAAGCUGGCAUAGCUCGAUCAACUAUCAGGUGUGGAAACUUUUCUAAUGGAAUACAAAUAGCGUUGGAUCUCAAAGAUAAGCAACUUUUCUUCGAUUGUGCUGAAGGUUUGGAACAGAUGAAUCAAUUAUCAGAAGCUGCACAGUUUUAUGAGAAAAGUGAUAAUUAUGAUAAAGCUUGUGGAUUAUACAUUCAACUGAAGCAGUGGCAGAAAGUUGACAAAAUCCUACCAAACGUAACAAGUCUCAGACUUUAUGCUCUGCAUGCAAAGGCAAAAGAAUCUGAAGGAAAAUAUCGUGAAGCCAUUAAAAGUUAUCAACUUGCGAAUGAUUUGGAUAGUGUCGUACGAAUUUAUAUUGAACAUCUGUCAGACCCUCACAGUGCUUCAGAAAUUGUUUUAGAAUCACGUUCAGUUGAAAGUGGAAAAAUGCUUUCAAAGUUUUAUCAAUCGAUAAACGAUUAUGAAAGUGCGCUUCAGUUCUUGAUUCAUUGCGGAUGUGUGAAUGAGGCUUUUCAAUUAGCUCAGAAAUAUAACAAAAUGAAACAUUAUGGUGAACUUCUCGAGCAAUAUGAUGGUGCGAAACCGAAUGAAUUUCUGGUACUUGCGCAAUAUUUCGAGAAUGAAAAAUAUAGAUUGCUGACAGGAAAAUAUUAUUUCCUUGGAAAAGAAUAUUCAAGAUCAUUAAAACUUCUCUUAAAAGCUUCAUCUUUUGGAAACGAUGAACAGCAAGCCUUAUCACUUGCAAUUGAUUGUGUUGCGUCUUCAAAUGACGAUCGUUUGGCAGCACAAUUAAUUGAAUUUCUCUUAGGAGAAACAGAUGGAAAACCAAAAGAUCCUAAAUUAUUAUUUAGACUUUACAUGGCAAGAAAACAAUUCCGUGAAGCAGCAAAAACAUCUGUCAUCAUCAGCAAUCAAGAACAAAUUGCUGGUAAUUACCGCAAUGCACAUGAUUUGCUUUUCUCAAUGUAUCAAGAAUUAAGAAGAAAUAAUUUGACUGUUGGUAGUGACAUGAAGUCAAAUUUGAAUCUUCUACAUCGCUACAUUCUUGUCAGAAUUCAUGUAAAACGUGGUGAUCAUCAAAUGGCAGCAAAACUUUUAGUAGAAGUUGCAAAAAAUAUUUCACAAUUUCCAUCACAUAUCGUUCCAAUUCUUACGAGUACUGUCAUUGAAUGUCAACGUUCAGGAAUGAAGAAAUCUGCCUUCAGUUAUGCUGUAAUGUUAAUGAGAUCUGAAUAUCGUGAUCAGAUUGAUCCGAAAUAUGUUAAAAAAAUUGAAUCAAUCGUUCGUAAGGCUCCGAAGAAUAUUAAAAACUUGGACGAUUUUGAAGAGCCAAUAAAUGGAAAUAAUGACGACGAUAAUGAUGUGGAAAUGUCUAAGCAGAAGAGUACAAAUGAGUCUAGUCCUUGUCCGUUCUGUAAUUAUAAUCUCAAUAAUAUGAAUGUUACUUGCCUUCAAUGUAAAACAACUCUCCCAAUAUGCAUUGCAACUGGUCAACAUUUGACAAAUAUUUAUGAAAUCUGUCAAUGUCCAGAAUGCUUGUUCCCAGCUAUUAAGGAAGAAAUUAUCAAAAUUUUGCAACAGUCAUCAACUUGCCCUAUGUGUGCAGAAACAAUCGAUUUUAAUCGCAGAAAAUAUAAAGUCUUGAAAAGUUUAGAAAAUAAUAGUGCUUCUAAUAACUUAUCAAUGUCGGAAAUUAUUCCAAUAUCUAAAACUCCAAGUCAGGAGAAAGUAGCUUUUGUUCCGCCCAAGUUAGAUUGGAAUGAAAAUGGCUGGGGACCAUGUGAGCUUCCUGAUACAUUCAAGGAUAUGCCAUAUCAACCAUUCAGUAAGAGUGACCGUCUAGGAAAGAUCAGUGAUUGGACAGGUUCAGCACAGACUGAUAAAAAGUAUAACAACAAGUAUCAGUCUCAAUUUGGGUCGGGAAGUCAAUAUGCUUACUAUCACGAUGAAGAUGAAACAACUUUCCAUUUAGUCGAUACUGCUAAAGUGCAGAAGCCACCUCAUCAACGAGGAAGAUUCAGAGGAAAUUCAAGAAACAAUCGCGGACGUGGAGUACGCGGAGGAGUUCAAGUUGGAAGCAUGACUUCCCUUGGUAAGAGCGUUAAGCUACGAGAUCAACGUCGUGGAAAUACAAGAAAGUGGGGUAUGCGUGGGCCUCCACCGAAGAUUCGCGAUGCUUCUGUAACUGUUCGUCCUGAUUGGGUUGCUAUUGAAGACAUGGACUUUCCACGUUUGCAAAAGUUAGCAUUGCCAGGAAUUAAAGAAGGAACUGAUGUCGAAACUUACGGUAUCAUGGAAUAUUACGAUAAAGGUUUCGAUCGAGUUAACAUUAAAAACGAGCGGCCACUUCAGAGAGUCGAUAGGAUUUUCCAUAAGGUCACAACAACUGACGACCCAAUCAUUCGUAAACUUGCUAAGACUAAAGGCAAUGUCUAUGCCACAGAUUCCAUUUUGGCUACAAUUAUGUGCUGCACAAGAUCCAAUUAUAGUUGGGACAUCGUCAUUUCAAAGAUCGGCGAUAAAUUGUUCAUGGACAAGCGAGACAGCACUGAAUUCGAUUUGCUUACUGUCAAUGAAACCGCUGUUGAUCCACCACAGGAGGAUGGAACAUCUUUAAACACUCCUCAGAAUCUUGCAAUUGAAGCAACAUUCAUUAAUCACAACUUUAGCCAACAAGUUUUGAAAAGUGUUUCAAACGAGUCGAAGUAUAAGUUUGAUAAUCCAAAUCCUUUCUUGAGUGAGGAUGAAGAAGGAGAAGUGGCAUCUGUUGGAUAUCGAUAUCGUACAUGGAGUUUGAACAAUGGAAUUGAACUCAUCGCUCGAUGUGAACAUGACGCUGUUAUGAUUGGGCCGACUGGUGACACUCAAUUCAUCACCAUCAAAGCAUUAAACGAAUGGGAUUCAAAGUUAGCAAACAGUGUUGAAUGGCGACAGAAGUUGGACACUCAACGUGGUGCUAUGCUUGCUAAUGAACUUCGAAAUAAUGCUUGUAAGUUAGCUAAGUGGACUGUCCAAGCUCUUCUUGCUGGAUCCGAUCAAAUUAAAUUUGGAUAUGUCUCGCGAGCUCAUGUUCGUGAUUCUUCCAAGCAUGUCAUUCUUGGCACUCAACAAUUUAAACCCCACGAAUUUGCUACUCAGAUCAAUUUGAGUAUGGACAAUGCAUGGGGAAUUUUGCGUUGCAUUAUUGACAUUUGCAUGAAGCAAAAGGAUGGAAAAUAUCUCAUCAUGAAAGAUCCAAACAAGCCAGUUAUUCGUCUUUAUGACAUCCCUGAUAACACCUUCGAUUCUGAUGAUUCCGACGAAAGUAGCGAAGAAAUCGCUUUCAAGCCGAUGUAUAAUUAUAACCAACCGCAGCCAGGAGCAGCAGCAACAGCAACAACCCCAUCAACAGCCACCACAAAAAAAUAAAGCAAAAGAAUAAAAUAAUAAUUUUUUUUUAAACUUUAAUUAACAUCUUAGAAAUUUGUAAGCGUGAUUUUAUUACAUUACAUUUAAAUCAUGAUUAAUUAAUGGAAUUUCGGAAAAAAAUAAAACAAAAUUUGCUACUGAAUUAGCUUUUAAGCUUUAACAGUUGGCAGAACAAAAAAAGGA